AUGGAGAACUCCUCGGUGUAUAUGUGUUUCCCCUGCUACCAGGAGUUUCCUUCACUAGAGGAAGUACUGGCACACCAACUGACCUGUACUGCUGAAAACCCACAAUCUCUUCAAUCUGCUACUCCUGUAGAAGCUGCUGCCAUCUCUGCUGGUAUUUCACAGGUGGUAGCUCAGUCAGUGGAUGUUUCCGAGGUUCAGACGAAGCCUCUAUCCUCUUCAGAUGUGCCCCGCGUUCUAUACCAAUGCGCUGACUGUGAUACGUUAUUUGAUGCGCUCUCGCUUUGGCAGCAGCACCGCAAAAUUGGCUGCAGCAUUGAGACAGAACUUGAGCCUGAACCUGGGCAUGACCCUGAACUGCAGGGUGUGACUGCCGAGUGGGUGCCACAAACCACUGACCAGUUGGCUGUCAAUCACGUGCAGCUGGAGAGACAGGUCAAGCAAGAACUGGACGUUGAGACACUCCAGACCGAGGCGCCAACCGAGGAAGUAACAGAGGUUCCACAGCAAAGCAGCGCAAAGCCCACUGAGUCUACUGAGCCAACUGAACAAACUGAGGCUGUGCAGGAGCCAACCACCCCUGUCAGAAAAAGAGGCCAGAAGAAAGCCAAGCCCCCCUCUAGCCUGCUGUGUGUGGAGUGCGGACACGGUUUUAGCGUGGCCUCUGAGCUUGUAGCUCAUCGACGGACAGCUCACGGCCUGAAAGAGGCUAUCCAUCGAUGCGGCGUAUGUGGUGAGAGCUUUCUAAAUACGACCCUCUUCCUCUAUCAUCGCAAACAGCACCGCACCCAGACACAAGAGGAGGAGCAGAAAGAAUUGGAAGUGCCACAGAUAUCCACCAGCCUCCUGGAGGCUCCAGGAGAGGGUCUGCUUCUGCUCGCUACCGCUGGAGAGGGCGUCAUGCAGAUCGCCAGCCUGGAGCAGACAGUUUCAGAGGCUGUAUCUCUCGCCCAGGUGGAGGUAGAGCUCACUCCUGAUGUUAUGAGAGAAGCCAUGGUCCAGCAAAGCACAGAGAUCCAGGAGACGGUAGAUGAAGGGAUUUUUAGUAUGGAAAUACAGGACGUCAAAGUCGUGGAAGAGGCCAGUACAGAUACAGCACAGGAGGAACCUUCCGACAGCCAGAGUUUCCUUUGCAGUCAGUGUGGCUGCUCUUUUAGCAUUGAGCAGCAGCUAGCGUUGCAUCGCAGUACCGCUCACGGCCUUGCGUCUGCACUGCACACUUGUACAGAGUGCGGGAUGGAGUUUAUGAACACCACCCAGUUCCUGUACCAUCGCAGGGAACAUGGAAAGAGUGUGCCCUCUCCUGCCAGACCUAACCCAGCCCUUGGCCAUCUGUCUAAACCAAGAGACGGUGGCCUUCUAAGACGGCCAGAAAUCUCAACUGAUGGAUCCAACCCUCUGCCUGAUGCCGCUCUCGAGGCCACGGCCAAGCUGAGCCGCGACUGGUCACGUACUUCGCUCCCUCACGAGUGCCCGCACUGUGGCCAGGGCUUUACACGGCGCAACCUCCUGCGUGAGCACGUCUUCCAGCACACGGGCGAGAAACUCUUCAGCUGCAACAUCUGCCACAAGAGCUUCCCGUCUCCUGCUAGCCUGCUGCGCCACAGUCUGUGCCAUGGAGCGCCACGCUCCUUCACCUGCCCUGUCUGCAACAAGGCCUUCUCCCAGCCUGCCUCGCUCAAACGACACAUGCUCAUCCACGACGAGGGCUCGGUCGAGAGGAGAGGUCGGGGCCGUGGAAGGGGCCGAGGACGAAGCCAGUUAGACACCCGGCUGCACUCCUGCCCCGAGUGCCCAGCCAGCUUCAAGCUGGAUUCACAGCUGCAGAUGCACAGGCUCCUGCACACCAGCCACCCAUUCCCAUGUGACGAGUGUGGAAAAGCAUUUAAACGCCGAAAAGAGCUUGACCUGCACUCCCUCAUGCAUCAAGAUAAGGAGCCAGUAACAUGUGAGCAGUGCGGUUCUCAGUUCCUGAACCAGAGUGUGUUAGACGUGCACAUGCAGCGCUGCACAGGGGAACCUCCUCAGCGCCGCCGUUAUAAAGGACACGGACGUGGCCGAGUCGGCGGGCAGCUCGAGUGCGACAUGUGCGGCCACCGCUGCGUGACUCAGGACGGGCUGGACCUGCACCGGCUCUCGCACACGGGCCAGACGCCUCUGCGCUGCCCCCUCACGCCCUGCAGAAAACGCUUCGCCUCCAGUUCGGCCCUGGCGCAGCACGUGGUGGUGCACUGCCGUGCGCCGCUGUCCAAGAGGAACGCCCCACGCCGGUUCACCUGCGAGUACUGCGCCAAAGAGUUCUCCUACGCCUCUACCUUCGCUGUGCACAUGCGCACACACACUGACGAGAGACCGUUUGAGUGUACGGUUUGUGGAAAGCGUUUUCGGCAACUACCCCACCUUCAGGAUCACGAGCGGAUCCACAGCGGCGAGCGUCCCUUCGUGUGCUGGGUGUGUGGCAAGAGCUUCAGUGUGGCCGCUCGACUCGCGGAGCACGCCCGGGUACACAGUGGCGAGCGCCCGUUUGCGUGCCCGCACUGCCCCACCGCCUUCCGCUCGCGCCCAAACCUCCAGAAACACCUGCGUUUCCACUCUGGUGACACCAACAACCCUGCUCCUGAGAUCUUUGCUGUGGACCAGGACUCGGCCGUGCAGACCAUCUUGCUAGUGCAGGAGGCUGGCUCACCUUCACAGUCCUCCGGUACCGCUGUACCCAUCAUCCAGGAGGGGACGCUGGUGGCUGACCAGCACGGUGGCUCUGUUGUGUUUUUGCACCCCAAUAUGGCCAUGCCUACUGUUGGCAUGCCCGCUAUAUCAGUGGUGGCUGGCCAGGAGGUGCCUCAUACUAUUGAAUUUAUAAUUGAGGAGACAGUGUAGUGAGACAAAGAGGGAUUGCAGUAAUUUGGGAAUGGGCACUUAGGUUUAUCAGGCUAAGAAAAGAAAGACAAGUGUGAGUUAAUGCCUUACAGAUACACUAUGUGGACAAAAGUAUUGGGACACCUCUCAAAUGUUUCAGUCAAAAAAAUUGAUAACCGGUGUAAUAAAUCAAUUAUAUAAAGAAAAGUACUUGCCUCCAAGCUAUAACAUGAAGAAAAGCUUGGUUUGAACAGACCCCUGUCUUCAGCCCCACUGAACAGCUUUGGAAUGAACUGAACCAUCAAAUGAACAUCAGUGCCCAACCAUACAAAUGCUCCUUUGACUGAAUGGACACAAAUUCCAACAGCCAUAUUUCAAAUUCCUGUAAACAGCCAUGUCAACAGAGUGGUGGCUGUUAUAGCUGAAAAGAUCACAUAGAGGUCAGUUUAUUUUAAUACAAUUUAUUUUUGAAAUGGGAUGUCCAACAAGGUCAGGUGUACUUUUGACCCUAUAGUGUAUGUGUAACUGGAAAAAGUGAAAAUGUGAUGCAAAAUGCAAAAAUUAAAGGAAUAUUCCAGACCAGUCAAUCUCUAUCUACCACAUCUGUAGUGUAGAGGUGAUGAAAAGAUGAAAAACACUCACUAGAAAGUCAGUUACUGAAGUCCAAGUGCCGUUGUCUAAGUGCGCAGGAGGGUUGUUACAGUUUUUUUUUUUUACAAAAAACUUAACAAAUCAUCUAAGGAUCAAUUCUCCACCCCACUAAACGAAUAAAAAAAUAAUAAAAUCACAUUGUUAUUAAGAUAAAUUACUUACAUUUCCCAGAUUCUCUUUGUGUUGAUAAUCUAUUAAACCUAUUUGUUUAUGCUGUACUUGGUAAUUCUUAGCAUUUAUCAGAUGCGUUUAUGCAAAGCAACUUACAACUGCAACCAAAGACAAUUCAAGCAGUUGGAGGAUAAGGACCUUGCUCAAGGGCUCAACAGUGGUAACCUGGCAGUGGUGGGGCUUGAACCAGCAGCCCUGAUUUCUAGUCCAAUACCAUAAUUGUGGAGCUACCACUGCUCAGUGAUAGUGGUGCUUGCUGUGUGAUAACUCUUAAAUCUUUUGAGGAUCAGUAAUGUAAAAUGUUAAAGACGGACGGACGUUGGGAGCUGCAGUUAAAUCCAUUGUAAUGAACUAAAAUUAUAUCUGAUAAGUUAACUGAUAACCUUUACGUGCUGCCUCUCAAGCAGCACAUUAACAUUCUGCAUAGUAAAGCCAUGAUACAUUAAUGGUGUACUGAUUAUACACACUUCUCAGUGUGGUACUAUGCACUUUAAGACACCUCAUGGUGAUUUACUGGCUGUUUACGCACUAAUCAAACUUACAUUUGAUCAAUACAGUGACGAACAGUAGUAGAUCUUUUCUCCUCAGUAGAUAGAAAAGUCUGUGGCUUGCAUUUCACCGAAAUAAACUCUAAUUGGUUCCCUGCCAGUCGCUUGGCUGGCUCAUUUGCAUCAAGUUGUCGGAGUAACAAAGUUAUUACUUACCUUUCCACAAAAACUCUUAAGAUACAUUUUAAGAAAUCAAUAUAACAUUGAAGGUGCUCGGGUGCUGCAGCACUCUGUUAUGCUAGACCAAGGUUCAAACCCCAGAUGGCCAGACGGGCAUCUGCACAGGAUUUACACCCUGUCCAGGGUAUUCCUUCUGCCUUUCACCUUGUGUUUUCCAUUGGAAAUAGACCCGCCACAAUUGGACCAGGAUAAAGUGUUGAUGAAAAUAAAAUGGAAAAAUGUUGUGUGGUUUAAUUUUGUUCUGAUCAACUGUGCAACCACUCUAACAAAUGUUAAAAAAUUAUUUAUACGCCGCUCAGGUGGCCCGGAGGUAAAACACGGUGGCACACCAGAGCUGACAUUCCUAACUCGUCGAUUCGAAACUCAGCUCUCUGCCAUCCGGCUGGGCGGCUACAUAAACAACGAUUGGCUUGUUGCACGUACAGGGAGGGAAAAGUCGGAUAGGGAGCUCAUAACUGAUGCAAUUACGACCUCUGCUGGCUGAUUGAUGGUGUCUGCACAGAGUUGAGGGAUAAUGUGAUCAGGGUGUGUCUCUCCGUACACAAAGCUGAUCUGCAUAUGAACUCGCCUCGUGCAAAUCAAAAGAUGCAGCUGGCUACUGUGUCGGAGGGGGACCAGUACCAGUAGAGAGGAAGCAUAACGCAAUUGGGUAAAAAUUGGAUGCUAUAGAAAUCAGGAGAAAAGGGGGAGAAAAGGCAUAAAAAACCCCCAGAAAUGUACAGUUAUUGGUCAUUCCUGAAGAUUUUGUAUAAUAGUUUUGAUUUGGACGUAUACAUAUAAAUGUAUUUCAUCACACAUUUUUCGUACUGUAUUGGCACUAAUAACAGCCACAGCUUUUCUCUCGAAUGGUUUUGAAAAUAAAUAGAAAAGUGCAAUAUUCAAUAUUUCUUACUACUGCAAACAAAUUAGAUGGAAAUAUCGGAAAAAACAAACAAACAAUGAAACUAAAUUGGUGACACAAUGUGAGAUUAAGAAAACAGGCUGGCUUCCGCCCUCAUCCUUGCUUAAUAACUAGCAUUUUAUCGUAGUAUGGUUGCUGUUUUCCUUGUAACCAUCUGAGUCUAAAUUUGACCCCAUACACCUUUUAGACAGCAAUAUAAUUUACAACUCCUGUUAUGUUUGGCUCUCUGAAUAUCGUUGUUAGUGACUUGAAUUUGAUUUUUAACAAAAUUAUCAGAGCCACUCAGGUGGCACAGCGGUAAAAUACACUAGCACACUAGAGCUGGGAUUUCGUAUACAUCGUAUCGAAUCUCAGCUCUGCCAUCCGGCUGGACUGGGCGGCUAUAUGAACAACGUUUGGCUGUUUUUAAGAGAUAAGAUAAUCCUUUAUUAGUCCCACAAUGGGACUUUAUUUAUUUGUUUAUCAAGGGAAGGUGAAGAGCCUAGUGCAGGUGAAAAGAUGCAGUCGGCUACUGGGGGCGUGUCAGUUUGCUCUCCUCAAUCGGGGCGGGGGUCAGCACCAGUAGAGAGGAAGCAUAAUGAGUAAAAAUUGGACGUGCUAAAAAUCAGAAGAAAAUGUAAGUGGUAACUGCAUAUAUGCUACAGAUGUGUUGGAUAUGGUGGACAGCCCUGUGAUAUUCUAUUUGUAAAGCUUUGCAGAGUUUGUUCUUUUUUAAAACAGCUUAAGAAUGCAUCGACUGAUGAAAUUACGAGCCAGAAAAUGACUAACAUUUAAGGAUGCUUAUAUGUUUCUGUUUUCAUUUAAGUUUUUAUUUACUAAGUGGCAAAAUGUUUAUA